AUGCAGAACUACAUGUGUGGAGAGUGUGGAAAAGGUUACAAGUGGAUGGCGAAUCUUCGCAGGCAUCAAAGACUCGAAUGCGGAAAGCUGCCCAAGCAUCACUGCAGAAUAUGCCGGAGGGAGUUUUAUCGAAAACGCGCGGACCUGAGCGAUUGGUUCGUGAAGCAGGAGAACGAGUACGAGGUGCCGCAAACGUUGUUCGAGUUCGUGGCCAGCAGCUACGAGUUGGCGGAAGUGGAGGAACGAAAGAAGGCUGCGAAGAGCGUGAUCUGCGAGGAAUGCGGCAAAAGCUUCUCGAGGCUCGACAGUGAGAAGUCGGACAGCUGCUUGGAGAAAGAGCAAGAGGAGGACACGGAGAUCUGCGAAAUCUCGUUUCACGGCCAAUUACCGAUGAACUAUCUCCUCUGCGACUCGUCCAUCCUCAACUCCGUGGAAACGAGUAUACUUCGGAAAAACGUGAAGUCUCAUCAACAAUUUCGGUGCGACGGUUGCGAUCGAGCCUACACGCGGAUGGACAGCCUGAAACGGCACCAAGCCAAAUGCGACGCUUCGUUGGAGAAGCUGCAAGAGGAAGUGGAGUGGCUGCAUCGUCAGAAAUUUUACUGUAAUCAGUGUGGCAAAGGUUACAAAAGGCUGGACACCUUGAGAAGGCAUCAGAGACUCGUUUGCAGCGACAAGGAGACCGCAUCUACGGUCUCCGAUAAGCCGGCCACCUAA